AUGGAGUCCCCGAGACUGGUGCACGGGGAAGCUGAGCCCUUUUCCAAAGCUCUCCGCAGCCUCGUCAACAACCGCCUGUACAGUGAUGUUCGCUUUGUGGUCGGUCAAGAGCGGCAGGAGGUGUUUGCCCACCGGUGCUUGCUGGCCUGUAGAUGCAACUUUUUCCAGCGACUUCUGAGCCCAGAGCCGGGCCCUGGGGUGCCUGGCCCGGUGGUGCUGAGCACCGUGCCCGCAGAGGCCUUCCUGGCAGUGCUGGAGUUCUUGUACACCAACAGCGUCAAACUGCACCGCCAUUCUGUGCUGGAGGUGCUGACUGCAGCUGUGGAGUAUGGGCUGGAGGACCUGAGAGAGCUCUGUCUGGAGUUUGCGGUGAAGGUGCUGGAUGUGGAGCUGGUGUGUGAGGCCCUGCAGGUGGCUGUCACCUUUGGCCUGGGACCACUGCAGGAGCGGUGCAUAGCCUUCAUAGAGGCCCACAGCCAGGAAGCGCUUCGGACCCGUGGCUUCCUGGAGCUGUCGGCGCCCGCGUUGCUGCUCCUGCUGCGCAGUGACAAGCUCUGCGUGGACGAGGCUGAUCUGGUCCUGGCGGCCCGGAGCUGGGCGCGCGUGGGAGCGGCGGUGCUGGACCGGCCUGUGGCCGAGGUAGCAGCCCCAGUGGUGCGGGAGCUGAGACUGGCCCUGUUGGCCCCCGCGGAGCUGAGUGCCCUGGAAGAGCAAAACCGGAGGGAGCCGCUCAUCCCGGUGGAGCAGAUCGUGGAGGCGUGGAAAUGCCACGCCCUGCGAAGAGGAGAUGCGGCCCGGGGUGCCACGUGCCGCCGCCGGAGGGGCACCCUGCCCCGGGAGCAUCACCGCUUUCUGGACCUGCCCUUCAAGUGA